AUGAUUGAGGUGAACAAUAGUAUGCAUUUUUCUAGGUACUUUAGCAUUGAAACCAGUAACAGACUAGUAAAAUGGGAGUAUAACUUGAACGGUACCUAUUGUCCAAAAACUUGCACCAAUAGUAUGCAGCCACAAAGAAAUUUUCCUCAGGGAGCUUGUGAGGAGAACAAGGAUCUUGGAAAUGAUAAUAGUUUGAUUGGUCAAUUUGGUGUUGGGUUCUAUUCGGCUUUUAUGGUUGCUGAAAAGGAUGAUGACAACUACAAGUUUACUGAGCCAAGUAGAGUUCAUGGUUUAGUGAAAAACUACUCACAAUUUGUUUCUUUCCUGAUUUUCACAUGGCAAGAGAAAUCAAGAACAGUUGAGGAUCCGUUCAGGGUUUAG